AUGGCGAGAGGUAUUACCACCACCAACAGGACCUCAGAACAGGGCCUCAACUGUGGCCAGACCCAUGGAUGGAGUACCACCACCCCAGCUAUCCUGGCAGGCCAGAGGACCAGAUCAGACCAGACUCCAGAGCAGAGUAUUAUGAAAGCAGUUAUCUCACUAGACCAUAUUCAAGGCAAGGCUAUGAGGACCUCUACUGGAGCUACCCAUCGCCAAGCUCUGGGGAAGACUACGCUUACAGAGGUUAUCACAGACCCUCCCAAGUACUGCAGCAUGAGAGAGUGUGCAGAUCCAAGGCACGAAGAUCUUUAUGGCAGGCACAUGAAUUACUGGGAUCAGAACUACUACAGAGACUCCCAUCAUGACCAGGAUACCAGCCCAUUUGGGCAGAACGAUGUGGCACAAUACCGCUCAAAGAGCUACAGCUCCUAUGAGGAGAGGUACAUCUCUACUCCCAGGCAGGAACAGAUUGGGGAGGAAUCCCGGGGGAACUGCGUGGAGGAUGCCAGCUUCCAGCCAUAUGAGCUCCCCGCCCCACGUGAGCUCAGCCGGCUCAUGCAGUACAAGGAAUCUGGCCUCAGCUCCAGCAGCUAUGAACUCAGUCAGUACAUGCGCGACUCUCCCAGUCAGUACGACCCAGAUCCUUCAGAGACCUGGAGUCCAGUUCAAACAGAGGAAGUCUUGCUGUCCACUCCGCACCACGUGGCACCCCAGAAGUAUUCCCUCCCUCACGUGCCAGUGUGCUUUGGAGCAGGAGGCCAGCUGGUCCGAGUGUGCCCUAACUCCCCGGCUGAUGGGCAGCCCGCCCUCAUCGAAAUGCACAGCCUGGAGGUAAUCCUUCAUGACACCAAAGAGCAGGAGGAGAUGCGAGCCUUCCCAGGGCCUCUGGUCAGGGAGGAUUUGCACAAGGUGGAUGUGAUGACAUUUUGCCAGCGCAAAGCAGCCAUGAGCUGUGAUUUGGAGACUGAGAGAGGCAGAGACUCAGCCCUGCUCUGGAAACUCUUGGUCCUCCUUUGCCGGCAGAAUGGGUCCAUGGUGGGCUCAGACACAGCUGAGCUGCUGAUGCAAGACUGCAAGCGCCUGGAGAAGUAUAAAAGGCAAGACCCAGUGGCCAAUCUGAUCAACCUGACCAAUGAAGAGUGGCCAGUGCAGGGCUCCGGGACACCAGACCUCCUCACUGGGGAGAUCCCACCCAGCAUGGAGACACCAGAGCAGAGAGUGGAGAAAUUCACCAAGCUCCUCUUCUAUGGCAGAAAGAAAGAAGCCCUGGACUGGGCCAUGAGAAGCCAGCUGUGGGGUCAUGCCCUAUUCCUGUCAAGCAAGAUGGACCUGAGGACCUACAGCUGGGUUCUGUCUGGGUUCACCAGCACGCUGGCCCUCAACGACCCACUGCAGACUCUCUUCCAGCUCAUGUCCGGAAGGAUACCUCAGGCAGCUCUGUGCUGUGGGGAUGGCAGGUGGGGAGACUGGAGACCACACCUGGCAGUGAUGCUGUCCAACCAGGUUGGGGACACUGAGCUGAACCACCGGGCCAUCGUCGCCAUGGGAGACACCUUGGCUGGGAGAGGGUUAAUAGAAGCUGCUCACUUCUGCUAUCUAAUGGCGAAUGUCCCUUUUGGUCACUACGGGAUUAAGACAGACCACAUUGUCUUGCUGGGCAGUGACCCCAGUCAGACAUUUGUACAGUUUGCCAGGACGGAAUCUAUCCUAAGGACUGAAAUCUUUGAGUAUUGUCAGAUGCUGGGACGUCCCAAAUCCUUCAUCCUCUCCUUCCAGGUGUAUAAACUCCUUUACGCUGCACGCCUGGCGGACUAUGGUCUCACCUCCCAGGCCUUGCAUUACUGCGAAGGGAUUGGCACAGCUCUGCUAGACCAGACCCAGGCCAGCCAUCCGGUGCUGUUAGAACAGGUUAUCAAGCUUGCAGAGCAGCUGAAGCUCUCUGACCCAUUGCUACUGGAAAGACCUGAGCAGGAACAGAACCUGGAACCCGACUGGCUCGUCCAGCUCCGAGCCCGAGGCCAACAAUGGGAGAAGGAAGGAGACCUCCCCGACUUGGCAUCCACUCAGCCAGAGCUCUCUAGAGCCAGCGGAUCCACAGCAGACAGAGAUCUCCAUCAUGAGUUUGCACAAAACCCAGGCUACCAGCACAACCUAGAGCUGCAGCAGUAUAACCCCCCUGCUCCUGAGAGGACAGGCCAGUACCAGCCAGGUCUACAGGAGAACGUGUCCUUCCCGCCUGGUGCAUAUUCCAGGGUGGAGGGGUCAGAGCAGGCCAUAGCUUCUGUGCCACCUGAUGCCAUGCAAGAGAAUCGUCCCACAGAGGUCAGCUUUGGGGCAAACCUCUCUCUAGGAGGAAUUUCAAAUGACCAUUCCCCACAGGUCUACCAGCCACCAGGGAGUGCUGUGAGGUUUCAAGGAUGCUCCCGGCCCUUUGGGGUUCAGAAGAACAUUCUGGAACAGCAGAGCGUGUUGAAUGCCAGGGCCCGAACCGUCUCAGAGAGCUCCACCAUCUCCAUGGAGGAGGACGCCUUGCGACCCCCAGAAGGCAUAGGCGAGGGAGUUGCUGUAGAGCGGCCGUCGACGGAGGGGGCAGAGCGAGAGGAGGCAAAGGGCUCAGGGUUUGGCUGGUUCAGCUGGUUUCGAUCAAAGCCCUCCAAGGAGGUGACGCCUUCCAGAGAUGUGUCUGGCCCUGCCCCAGUCUCUGCUGCACUGGGGUCCCAGGAGAAGGAUGCACCAGCCCCACUUCCCUCUCCCCCUCCUCCAGCCACUGGAGCAAGCUCUUCAUCAUCUCACCCUCCUCGCCUGCUUCCGGUUUCCCCCAGCCCUCUCUCCAGAAGCUCAGCUAUGAAUGAAGCUAAAGGCUUGCAGGGCCCCGAUGGCAGGGAAUCAGCAGCCUUUCCUGGGGCUGGAGGCCAGGAUGACUCACAUGGCCCUCUCUCUGGUCCUGGUGGUCUCCUUGCCCCUAGUAGAGGGCAGGUCCCACUCUUCAAUCCUGCUCAGGUUCCUCAGCUCUCCACUGCUGCCUCCCUUGGACUUGGCCAACCCAAGCGGCUCUCACAGCGGCGCUACCCAGCCCAGCCAUGA